AUGGCAGAAGCAGUUGGUCUUGCCGUUGGCAUUAUUGGCCUUGCUGGAUUAUUCAACAAUGCCGUCCAGUGCUUCGAGUACGUCCAGCUGGCUCGCAGCUUCGGCAGGGACUUCCAAUCAAGCCAGCUCAAGCUCGAUAGCGCUCAGCUCCGUCUAUCCCGCUGGGGCAAGUCGCUAAGACUGGAUACGCAACAACUGGACGACACGCAAAACACUAUCAGCUUUCCUGGAUCCACCGAAGACGCUGAGCGUGCAAAGAGCCUCCUCGACCAAAUCAGCUUUCCUGGAUCUAUUAAAGAUAUUGAGCGUGCAAAGUACCUCCUCAGCCAUAUCCUAGAGUUAUUUGAGGAUGCUGAGACUCUUUCAUCCAAGUUUAAAGACAAACAAAGUCUUGAUGAUGGUAGCACUGCAACCUUCGAUCCCGAAACAGACCUCAAAUCGACUGUGGGUGCCCUCCAUAGAACAAUGCGCAAGCUGGCGACCGGCCGCCAGAACAAAGCAAACCUGAAGCAAAAGGCAAAACGGGCUUUAUAUGCGGAAAAGACUUUAAGGCGACUGGUUGAAGAUAUUACGGAGCAUGUUGACGACCUAACCGACCUAUUUCCUGCUACUUUGCCGCGUCAGAAACGUCUUUGCGAAGCCGAAGCCUCCGAGAUCGGGAAACAUUCAGAAGCGGUGGAAGACUUGAAGAAGAUUGUGGCUCAGCAAGACAAACUACUACAUGCCGCUCUUGAAAAAUCCAACAAUAUCCCGCAGGCGGGUAUGCAUAUUGUAUUCUCAGGUGCCAAUAACAAGGGCUUUCAAGCCGGGCAGAACUUUGGUUCACAAACCAUUAAUUAUAAUGGUACUACAAAGAACAUGGGAGCGAAAUAG